AUGGAUGGGCAGGGAGCCGUGGGGUGGGGACACGGGGGUGGGACAUGGGGACAUGGGGACGGGGACACAGGGUGGGAUGUGGGGACAGGAUGUGGGGCAGCCGUGGGGAGCGUGGGACGGGGCUGGCGGAAGCGCCUCCGAGCCCUGCACAGCUGGGGGGGACGGGGGGGGCCCGGCUGCUUUGCAUGGGUGGCUGUGACGCAGCUGCGUCCCCUGGGACCCCCCGGCCGCCCUGGGAACGCUCCCCACACCCAUGGGUGCCCGUGGCCAGAACCGGGGGUGCAGCGAGGGCUGGGGGACACCGCGGUGACAGCAGCCCCUGCGCCCCCCCACCCCCCCCGGCCUCUUCUCCCUCCCAGCCCAAUUCCUCAGCCUCACAGGUGCCCAGCCCCCCCUGCUGAUGCUGGACCCCCCCUGGACGCCCCUGUUCAAGGAGCAGAAGGUGAUACUGACCUGCGCCCCCCCAACGAGCGCGUCCCCACCGUGUGGAGCAUCAACGACGGGAUAAGCAGAGGCACCAGUCACCUCCAGUUCACCCCGUCCAGUACCGGCCGCUACAGCUUCCGGUGCUGGAGGUCCUGGUCCGAGCCCAGCCCCCCCCUCAAGCUGAGCGUCUCUGACGACUGGUGGGUGCUGCAGGCUCCGGUGCAGCCGGUGCUGGAGGGGGACGAGCUGGUGCUGCGGUGCCGGAGCAGGUGGGACUUGAGGCCGAGCAGCGUGAGCUUCUUCCGAAAGGGGAGCUGCUGCGGGGGCCGGGGGGGCAGGAGGACACGCUGCUGCUCGCCCCCGCGCAGCGGCACCACGCGGCCGCUACCACUGCACGGGCGGAGGGUACUGGAGCAGUUCAAGACCAAGCCCAACGAGGUCGUGUGCACGAGCUCUUCUCGGUGCCGGAGCUGAGCGUGGAGGGGUCCCGGGAGCCCCCCGAGGGCAGCGCCCUCACCCUGGUCUGCGUCACCCGCAGCAGCCCCCUGCGGCCCCCCGUCACCCUGCGGCACCUCUUCUACCGGGACGGGGUGGUGGUGGGGGGGCCCCAGGGGUCCCCCGGCACCAGCUGCAGGGCUCUGGCGCUGCGGGACUCGGGCUCCUACGCCUGCGAGGCGCGGGCGGAGGCGGCCAAGGUGCAGAAACGCAGCAACCCCGUCACCAUCACCGUCAGAAGUGAGCGGCUGGGAGGGGGGCAUCAGCCCCCCCCCCGGGUCCCCCAGUUCCCCCAGUUCUGUCCCAGGUCCCCCCCAUUUGCUCCCGGUCCUAACACCCAUCCCGGGGCUCCCUCCCUUGGUCCCUCCAUCCUCACCCAGGACCCCUCUCCAUCUUUUUGUAGGGUCC